AUGCCGAAAGAGCGACAAUUGUACUCGCGUGCUGACGAGACGCGAAUGUGGAUGUUUUUAUAUGACCAGCUGCGCAAAGGAGAACCUGCGGCAAUGGAACCCAGAGGAUUGAAGAUUUGGAAGUUGUACGCCUCAGAAAACGUAGGAAGAAGCGCCGACAGUCUUAACACUAGGUUUCGUAGAAACAUGAUGAAUCAGCUUUACGAUGCUAACUUACCUUGCCAUGUGAUGAUGUAUCUUUAUAUACGUUACCAGAUUCCGAUGGAUGAGGACGUCAAAAUAGCGCAACUUGUUAAAUUCCGUUCGUGUCACAGGCUGGAACUUAAAUUCGGAAUCCAGAUAACAUUGAAACCAUCGGGAGUUCUUAAGGAAUUUAAACAAAAUCGUCGAGAGGACAAAUGUCGCGUGCAA